AUGUCUAGCUUCGAUCAGUCGAACAGAAACGUUAUCCAGCACAACAAAACUGGAAACAACAAUCUCAAUAACACUGGAUCCAUGACGCUUAACAACAACCUAGAAGGCUUUACCUCGACUUUGGACUUUGAGAGAAACCAGGCCAAUUUGAUGGAAGGUCAGGUCAAUCCGCUACUCUCAGGCUUUGAAUCAUUCCACCAGCAAAAUGCUCUCCAAAACCAUCCUCAGCUUCCUGUUUCUACUUCUGCUCAAUCUUGCUUGCACUCUCAAUUGAAUUCUCAAUUGAACUCUCAAUUCCAACCAUCACACCCACUUCAGCACAAUCAACAAUCUUCUCACAACCACAUCUAUACAAAACACACAAAUCCAACCCCUGGUAUGCAUCCAAGUCCUAUGUUAAACUCCAACCCAUGUUCAAAUGAAAAUUUGAAUCCAAAUAUAUCAGAAAGUAUAAAUGAAUCCAUAAGUGAAGGCCUAAACGAUAACAUCAACGAAAACACAAACUGCAAACUUAAUAACUUCUACAGCACCACCAAUAAAAAACAUAAAGACGAAAUAUUUACCAAUAUUUUUCAAACUCUAAACAAUACGAAUUUAUCGAUAACAGAUUUAUUAAAUUGGUUGAUACAAAAUAAUAAGCCCCAAUUUUACCAACAAAAGAGAAUCAUUAGAAAUUACAUGUACAGUCAUAAUACUCCACUACAAUUCUUUCUAUUAUCCAAAAAAUUUAAGAAAAACGAUGAAGAAUUUAAUUUCAAUCCAUUGAUCGACAUCUUAUCCAUCAAAUUAGCAAUAGAAUUGGAUAACUUGACUAAUUUACAAUAUUUCAAUAAUUUUAAUUUCAAUGACUCCAUAAAGGAUAAUUUUCAAAUCAAUAUUUCUCAGGUUUUAUCUACUUUGGAGACAAAUUCCCCCUUACUUCUACGAUUUUUAAACAACCUAUUCAAUUCAACAAUUAGCUCAAAGAUAAAAGAUAUUAAUGCAAUUGACUCAUUUCACAACUCACCUUUUAACAAAAAUAAUAAAAACACUACAAAUAUUAAUACCAAUGAAAAUGAAAAUGAAAAUGAAAACGAAAAUGAAAAUGAAAAUGAAAAUGAAAAUGGAAAUGGAAAUGAAAAUGAAAAUGAAAAUGAAAAUGAAAAUGAAAAUGAAAAUGAAAAUGAAAAUGAAAAUGAAAUUGAAAUUGAAAUUGAAAAUGACAACGACAACGACAAUGACAACGACAAUGAUAAUGGCAAUAACAAUGAUGAAGAAGAUGGCAACGAAAUUGCCAAUAACCAAAGCUUAAGCGACUCUAAUGAUGAAACAAAUUCAUCAACUAUAUCCAACAACCUAAACUCAACCUCACUUAAUACUCUCACUAAAAAUUACAAACUUUACGGAAUAAUAAACAUUUUGAAUCACCAUAGACAUCCAAAACAAUCAAACUAUUUACAAAGAUUCAUGGGCUUGAAACUAUAUUCUUUAGGCGUCGACAAAAAAUCUCUUCGCAUAGUUUCUGACUUUGGUUUAUGUGGUAAAAAGACUACCAUUUACUAUACAAUAAAUGAAUACAUCGACAAGCAAUCUUUACCCUUGAUAAAUCACACCAACAAAAAUAACCCAAGUAGAAAUCCUAACAAUAAUAACAAAAUCAAAACCAAAAGUUCUCAAGAUGAUAAACUUAUCGAAGAUAUAAAAUUAAAUUUACUUUUCAAAAUUAAUAAUAGACCAGUUUUCACAAAUUCAAAAUCUAAUACUAAAGACGACGAAAUGCCCAACAAUUUUAGAUACUUUUACUUUAAUAAUAUUCUAAAAAAUAGCAUGUUAUACAAUAAACCGACAAAGAUUAAAAGAAUCAAAAAAAUUCAAAAUGAUCCAAACUUGGGAUUGAAUUCUAAUAUAAUUCCAAAUACAGAAAUCACUUCAACUUCUGAUCCCAAGAGAAGAAAAAUUUCAAAUAACAUCAAUGAUAAAGUAAUUGCUGAUUCAAGACAUAUAAAAAUAAAUUCAUCAAACUCAUUACAACAUCAGAAUCAAAAUCAGAAUCAAAAUCAGAACUCAAAUCCCAAUUUUAAUCUAAAUUCUCAUCAAAACACCAAUUUCAAUUUAAACAUAAAUCUUGACAACCAAAAUCAAAACCAAAAUCAAAAUAAAGGUCUGAAUCAAAAUCAAAAUCAGAUACAAACCGAAAGUUAUAAUCAAAAUUAUUCUCAAAAUAUUAACCAAGAUCGCUCAUCAAUGCAGCAAACAAAUAACUUGAAUUUUCAACCAAUGGGUGGAUAUUUCAAUAAAUUAAAUUAUUUGAGCCAGAUAAACAAAAUUAAAAAUAUCAGUUCAUUUGAGCAGACCUCAAAUCAACAAAAUAGUAAUCAUAUUCAUUUAAACCACUAUCAGCCGACAAUAUUAAAUCAGAUGAGAGAUGAUAAUCAUAAUAUGAAUGUUUCUUCUAGAAGCAGUUCCAAUGACUUAAAUAACGAGAAUGGAAGAGAAGAUAACAAUGGAAACAAUACUAAUGGUUUCAAUUUAUCCCCAGAAACGAAUAGCAAUAAUAUAAAUUGA